UCCGCGCCAUAGUCAGCAGCAGAGCGCGGGAAAACGGUCGCGCGUCCAUCUUUGAAUUCUCCCGCCAUUUUGCCGUAUCUAAUUUAUUUUUAUUUUUUUAAUUAGUGUACUUUUUAUGGACUUGUAAUAAUGGUAAUUUGUAAAUCAUAAAAGAAUUUGUGUUUGGUUUGUGUGAGUUUUCUGCGCUGAGACUUCGGGCGACCACCUGGCAAUAUGAACAAGAAAUCACACAAGAAAAAGCAAAAAAAGCGCGGCAAGAACGAUGGCCGGAACAAGGAGAAUAUCAUCGACGAAGCGGAGACGCCUGAUGACGGCGACAUCUCGGCAUUGAAGGCUUCUGAGAAGAAACCCUGCUAUGAAGUGAAGCGCUCGGAUAUUAUGGGCAGAUACCUGGUGGCUGCCCGCGACAUCAGCGCCGGGGAGGUUAUCAUCCAGACCCCGGCGCUCGCAGUGGGGCCCUGCACUGGCUGCGGGCUCAUCUGUCUGGGGUGCUACAGGGAGCUGGAUGAGACCAGUGUUAUUAAAUGUGGAGGCUGCAAAUGGCCGCUGUGCGGCUCUUCGUGCCCCGGCCUGGGCAAGUACACGGGCCACUCCACGUACGAGUGCGACACGCUCAAGAGCGUGCUGCCGGACUACAAGGACCUCGAGGACCUGAAAGAUUCUUACCAAGCCCUCAUGCCUUUGAGAUGUUUGCUCCUAAAGAAGGCGGAUCCAGAGAAAUGGCGCGCUGUCUCCGCGAUGGAGUCCCAUAAUGAGUUGAGGAAGGCCCGAGGCGACAUCUACCCCAUGAACGAGAGGAAUGUAGUACAGAGGAUUAAGAAGUGGGGGCUGCAGUAUGACAGCGAGGAAAUACACACAGUUUGCGGGAUUCUGGAAGUGAACGCGUUCGAAGUGGGCGGCAGCGGUGCCAACGCCAGAGCAUUGUAUGAUGGAGCAUAUCUCUUGGCUCAUUCGUGUACCCCUUCCACCACUCAUACAGACGCCGAGAGAGUGGAGGGUAGACCUCUGGCCAUCAGGGCUGCCAUAGACCACAAGGCAGGGGAUCUGAUAUCACUGUGUUACGCUUAUACGCUACAAGGCACACUAAAACGCCGGGAACACAUAAAGCACAGCAAGUUCUUCGACUGCCAAUGCAAGCGUUGCUCCGACCCCACCGAGCUGGGCACGUGCGCCAGCGCCUUCCGCUGCCCCAAGUGCGCCGGCCGCGUGCUGUCCACCGCGCCGCUGGACGCCGCCGCGCGCUGGGCCUGUGUGGACAACGGCUGCGGGUACACCAUGUCCGCGGCUGCUGUUCAACUGCUUCUCAAGAGACUGACAGAGGAGUAUGAGCAGCUGGACGCGAGCGACGUGCCCGGCCUGGAGAGCUUCCUGCACAAGUACCGCAACGUGCUGCACCCGGGGCAUUACCUGUGUCUGUCGGCGCAGCACUCGCUCAGCCAGCUCUACGGCAAGGUGGCUAAUUACAUGAUCCAUGAAAUGCCGGAGGAGGAAUUGAAAAGAAAAAUCGAGAUUUGCCGAGAUCUGAUGACUGCUUUCGACGUGAUUGAACCUGGAUACUCAAGAUUAAGAGGAGUGACGCUGUACGAGCUGCACGCGCCGCUGAUGAUCCUCACGACGAGGGACUUCGAGCGGAAGACCAUCUCCAAGGAGAACCUGCGCAGGCGGCUCAAGGAGAUCGUGAGCUGCCUGACGGAGUCUGCGCUGAUCCUGGGGUUCGAGCCCGCGCAGUCCUCCGAGGGGCUGAUGGCGGCGGCCGCCAGGGAAGCGCUCUCCAAGAUCUACACUUGGGAGCAAAUCAUAGGGAAGAUCUCAUGAAGACUACAUUGCACUAUUGGAGAUAUACACCUUUUUACACCGAACGCGGUGGAAAUAUUCGAGGGUUAAUUUUUUUUUGGUGCGAGAAAAGAGAUUGUGUUUUGCCUUUGAAUUUAUGAUUACGGCAUAUUUGUUAUGUUACGUCGCAGCAUUGUAAUAAUUCUGAAAAUUAUUUUCACGCCCAAUCAUAAAGCGUGCUAAUAUGCCGCGAUUUUCUUUUGUUUUCAAAGAUGGCGCGCCACCAAUUCUUUGAUUUCACAAAAUUGAAGAGUCUUUGAAUAAUAAUUUUGUAAUCCGAUUUUCUCUGAGUUUCUUAUUAAAUAUUUGGAUAGGUAAUUAUAUCUAAAAAACUUGGAAUAGAAUAACAUUAGUAUGUUCCUACAGAAGAAAUAAAGUUCAAGUUGGGUACAUUGUAGGUACUUAAGUAUUUAUACAAAACAUUGUAAUAUAAGCAAAUGAUAAUUACUAACUUUUCUCAACUUUCUUUAUUUUACUAAAGACUUGAAACGUACCUAUCGAAUAAAUUUUAUUUUGAUAAAAUAACUAUAUUUCGUCGUAAUAUUUAUUCAUUCCUUUCACUAAAAGACAUAAUUGAUUGUUUUCGAUUAUUUUUAUAUUUUAAACUUUUAUAAAAUACCUUAAUACUAACUAAUAUUAAAAUU